UUCCGAUUCACACUUUGUUUCUGCCCCUUGUUUACAAGACAGCCAUCUUUUUCCAUCCAGAUGUUGAGCCAAUAAGAAGUCGUGCUGCUUCCAGUGAGGAAGGAGGCGGAGGAAGGAAUGCUGCAGGAUGCUUAUUAUUAUGGUUGUCAAACCCAGUAGCGAAUAGAUAAAACUUGCUUUUUCAUGACAUAUUUACGAGGAUGCUAUGCACCAUGUCUGCUGCAGCUGUCGCGGUAUGGCUUGGUACGGUUUGCAUUGUGCAUGCCUAUGAUGUCAAACACAUCGCUUUUCAUGAGAGAAAUGGCCAUAUGGAGCGAUCCAUUGGCUUGAAGCAGAGAACAGCCCUGUACAGAAAUGUGGUCACCAUCCUGUCAAGAUCGCAUUCAGACCCUAACGUCUACCCAUCUGCAGGAGUUCUGUUCGUCCAUGUUCUGGAGAGAGAGUAUUUCAAAGGAGAGUUUCCUCCCUACCCCAAAUCAGGUGAUGCCAGCAGCGACCCGAUCACUUUCAACACCAACCUGAUGGGCUACCCCGACAGGCCAGGCUGGCUGCGCUACAUCCAGAGGACCCAGCACAGCGACGGAGUGCUCUAUGGCUCCCCCACCGCAGAACAUGUCGGCAAGCCCUCAGUCAUAGAGAUUACUGCCUAUAACAGACGCACUUUUGAGACGGCGCGGCACAACUUGGUCAUAAACAUCAUGGCCAGAGAAGAGUUCCCUCUGCCCUACCAGGCAGAGUUUUACAUCAAAAACAUGAAUGUAGAGGAGAUGCUGGCCAGUGAGGUGUUGGGGGACUUCCUGGGAGCGGUGAAGAACGUAUGGCAGCCUGAGCGCCUCAACGCCAUAAACAUUACCUCGGCGCUGGACCGUGGCGGCCGUGUGCCCCUGCCCAUCAACAACCUUAAGGAAGGGGUGUAUGUGAUGGUUGGCGCUGAUGUUGCCUUCUCAUCCUGCCUGCGGGAGGUGGAAAGCCCACAUAACCAGCUGCGCUGCAGUCAGGAGAUGGAGCCGGUCAUCAGCUGUGACAAGAAGUUCAGGGCUCAGUUUCACAUUGAUUGGUGUAAAAUCUCUCUGGUUGACAUCAACAAAGUGGUCCCCGUAUACAUAACCCGUCCCGACCCGGGCACCGGGAUCCUGCCUGAAUUUGGGGAAUACAGCCCCCCUUCUGAGUCUCUGAUGGGCCGUAACUACUUUUCAGACUUCCUUAUCACACUGGCUGUUCCCUCUGCUGUGGCUCUAGUUCUUUUCUUCAUCCUCGGCUACACUAUGUGCUGCCGUCGGGAAGGGGUGGAAAAAAGAAACAUGCAAACACCAGACAUCGAGCUGGUCCACCACAGCUCCAUCCAGAAGUCCACCAAGGAGCUGCGGAAUAUGUCUAAGAACCGGGAAAUCUCCUGGCCCCUCUCCACUCUGCCCGUCUUUAACCCAGUCAGUGGUGAGGUGGUGCCGCCCAUCCACCCAGACAACUAUGAGACCACCAGCAUGCCCCUCAUGCAGACACAGACGAAUCUGCAAAACCAGAUUACAAUACCACAGCAGCGGCCAUCAGGAGAUAAUUAUGUCAUGUCAACAUUUCGAAGGCUGGAGGUAAAUGGUAUUCCUGAGGAGAGAAAGGUGGCCGAGGCACUGAAUUUGUGACCGGAGAAAACGGGAGUUGGAGCCAACUUUGAGUCCCUAUCUUUUGUUUUUUUCCUAACAUUUGUGCCAAUCUGCAUGCCUCAGAAGUGUCUUUACAAAGAUGUAUCAUCCAUAUGCACUUACACCUUGAACAGUGAGUGUGAAAGAGAUCUUAACAGCUUAGCUGAAUAUAAAAAAUCCAUUAGAAUAUUUUUGAAUAUUUGUAACUAUGUAUUUCUACUUGCUUUGCACAAUGAACUUCUUGAAGGAAAAGGGAGUUUUACAGGGAAAUGCUUUAGUUGUCAUGUAUUAUAAUUAAAUGUAAUGUGUCACAUGAUAAUAAAUUCUUUCAAAAUAAU